AUGGAUGUCCGAUUAGCAACGCUGGAACGUGCGACGGAACUGAUCCGAUGCUGCAAAGUGCCCCGAUUGCUCGACGCCAGCAUCGACGACGGUCCGCUAGAGCGGGCCACAUUCGAACAUUUUCUGCACGUGCUCGAUGGUACGCUACCGAUCGUGUUCGAUCUGCUGGCCGAGCACGGCACGCUACUGACCGGUUACGAUGCGUACAAUGAGGACGAUAACGUCGAGUUCAAAACAAACCUAGCGCUCGUGAUAGCCGAACAGUACGGCGUCGAAGGGGAAGCAGGUGACCAUGGUGAGGAGUACCGCACCGGCCAGGCGUCACUGCGUGCGCGUAUCGCACUGUUCUACCAGGGCCACGAACUGGAGCAACUGCUGACUGACAGGGGCAGUGAUCGGGUUUGGCAUCGCUUGUACGGCCACUAUCGACGGGUCCUGUCCGCGACCGAAUGGAAGUAUCAUCCGGCCGACGUUACAGGGUUUGUGCAGUUGAUCGAGCUACUGUACGGUCCGUACCCGCUGCACGUUGCUAGCCCACCGGAGCUGAACGAUGACGCAGCGGCAUACAUUCUCUCGGUCGCCAUCACGUUGGUGGAGUUCUCUGAGCCCGCCUAUCAGCGGCUGGGCGUAAGAUUGUUUUGCACCCUGCUGGGACCGCGGCAUCGAUCGUGCAUGCGGCGCACCAACAUACACCACGUGGUGUACAACAACGCGAAGAAGCUGACCAACAAAUGCAACCAGGAACUGUUUCUGGACGCACUGUGGAAAUGCAUUUAUCUGUACGUGGAGCUCGAGGAAGCGGAUCGGAAUGAUUUUACCCAGUGGAGCACGGUGGACGACAUUAUGGAGAUGCUUUUGAACGGGCUUACGUUUCAAACGAAGCACAACCUGUCCCGCAUCUACUUGCUGUAUCUGGUGAAGCUGCUCGCGCUAGAUCUGCCCAACUACAUCAUCGACGGGCUGGACGAGAUACAAUCGAUCGACAGAAAGUGUCACCUGUACGAACCGGUUUGCGAGCAGCUACGGCAGGAUUGUCUCGAUGGGUUCCACAACCGACGGUACUACCGUUGGCUGCAUCAGAUCGUUCAGCUACUGCCCCACGAAGCCCUCAAAUGUCAGGGCAGUUCGAGGGAUCACGGUAGAUACUGCCAUGGUGUGAAUCUACUCUUCAUACUGGUCACGUUCCCGGUCGAACCGGAAGCACUCCGGCCUACCCAUAUAGGGCUGCAGACGAAUCUGGUCGAGUUUAUCAACGUGUUCAAGCAGUACGAGCAGCAGCAAAGUCUUCUCGCCGCCAAACGUUCCAGUGCAUCGAGCGAUUUCGUGUACAAUACCAAAGCGCUGGUGUCGGUCAGUAAGACGAUGUUGGUGUUUCUCACCGCACUCGCACCCCGGUACUUUCCCGAGCAUCCGGCAAUGGCAGUGCUCGGUCAGAAGCUGGCAGACGAUUAUGCAGAUUGUGAUUCCAUCAUGUACAAUUGUAUGCAAAGCUUGAUAGAAAAGCUGCGAUAA